CUCAGUGAAUCGGACAAGGCCACACUCCGUGUGUUUGCACUCAAGACAGAUGAACGCCUUACGCAACGGACCCUGAAGAAGCUCCCGUACGCCUUCCCGGGUUCAUCUAUGCCAUCUACAGACCGACUUCGCUCACGCGUCACAUUCCUUUCUGGUGUCACACCUGUCAAGUAUGACUGUUGCAUCAACUCGUGCUGCUGCUUUGUCGGGCCACAUGCUGGUCUUGAUGCAUGUCCGUACUGCAACAAACAACGUCGGAGCAGCAAUGGGAAGCCACAGAAACAGUUCUUGUACAUCCUGCUUACCCCACGCCUCCAAGCAUUUGCAGGCAAUACUCAAAUGGCGACGCAGAUGAAACAUCGAUUGCAGCACCAGCAUGACCCUGACAAAGUCACCGACGUCUACAACAGCACGGCAUACCACUCAAAACUCAAUCAGCACAUACAGAUCCACGACAAGACGCUCCAUCACAAGCACUUCUCCAAUCCACGUGAUGUUGCUCUUGGUCUCUCAACAGACGGCUUUGGCCCAUUCCGCCGCCGCAACAAGACC